AUGGCACCACCUAAGAAGAUGAGUUUGCAAGAAUUCUUCCAGGACGAAUCUUUUGGUGGAUCCUGGGCAGAUACGGAUAUAGAUAUGGCUUCAAUUUCAGUACCCAUUGAAAAAUCAUAUGGUUAUGAUGAUUCUGUAAGAGGUAGCAAUGGACCAAGUGGGAACUUUGGACCUCCAUAUAUUGUAAAAUUACUCAAUUUACCAAUAACGGCAAAUGAUGCAUUUAUACAAGAUUUAUUUCAAAGUAGAUUUACAAAUUUUAUAAAAUUUAAAAUAGUAACUGAUCCAUCAUCAAAUAUCUUGGAAACUCAUGUUAUAAAAAGAGUUGCAUUUGUUGAAUUAGAAUCUCCUCAAGAUGUUUCAAAAGUGUUGAAAUGGCAUGAUUUGUACUAUAAAGGAAAUAGAAGAGUUAUUGUUGAAAUUGCAGAUUUUAAUGAUUUUCAAAAUUGUAUACAAUUUAAUCAAGACCAUUAUGACGAAAUUCAACAAAUUCAACAUGAUUUUAUUGCUCAAAAACAACAUCAAAAACAACCAAGACAUAUGGCAUUAUUAGAUGAAUUAGAUCAAAAAUCUGGUUUAAGUCAUGGUUAUGGAGGGGGGAAUUAUCAUCAUCAAAAUAGAGGACCACCACCACCAAUGAAUCAACAAUUUGGAGGUCCAAGAUCACCAGAAAAAUAUCAUACAUCACCUCGUCAAAGAAAUAGAUCUUUUGAUUCAUCUUUUCCACCACAUAAACAACAUUUUCAUGGAUUACAAUCAGCUUCUGGACCUCAACAACAACAUCACGAGGAACAUCAUGAAUCAAUUUUUCCUACACAGUUAAAAUCGAAGUCAAAUCCAUUUGGAGCAGCAAAACCAGUUGAUACAUUAUCAAAACAACAAGAAAUUGAGAAAAGACUUAUAAAUUUAAAUCAAACUACUGUACAAACUUUGGGAGAUGAUACAAAUAUUGAUAUUGAAAACACCAUAAAACAAUUUCACGAAAGUGGAUCACCUCAAUAUAGAAAUCAAUCUUUAUACACAAGAAGACCAUCAACCGAGAAAAAACCAUCUAUUGCAAUAUUAAAAAGAACUUCAGUUGAUCAUCAACAUCCUACGCAACUACAACAACCACCACCACCACCACCACCACCACCACCACAGCAACAACAACAACCAUCAAAUUUUGCACAACCAACUCCAAAGCAAUCCCCAGGUUAUACGGUAGCUCCACAACCUCAGAAUCAAUAUACAUCAAAUGGUACUGGGAAAUCAUUAGCACAAUUAUUAAGUGAAAGAACAGAUUUAGUUUCAAAUCCUCCAACUGGUGGGAAAAACACUCCACCAACACCAUCUAUAAAACCACCAAUCAUAUUAAAAAAGAAGACUGUUGCAUCACCACCAUCUAAAAAUGUAGAUUUGACUAUAAAAGAAGGUGAUUUUAUAAAACAAGAACAGGCAAAGAAGAAACUUCAACAACAAGAAACAGAAGAGCAACAACAAACAAAUCAAUCACAAUUUCCAAUACAGCUGCCUCAAGAACAAUAUCAAAAUUUGAAAACAAAAUCAGAAUCUAAACCUCAGUCACAAAGUCAACAACAACAACCGAAAGAUGACUUAAAUCAAAAAAGACCAGAUUUCAAGAAAUUAUUUGAACACCUUUCUGUAAAUAAUGAUCAUACUGAUUCAGCUACACCAUCAUCAACAACAAGAGGACGAGGUAGAGGUAGAGGUACAUUCAGGGCUCGAGGAAGAGGAAGAGGAAGAGGUGGGUUUUCAUCAUAUCAAUCUGAAUCUCAUUCUGCAAGUCAGGCAGUUGAAGAACCAUCACCAGCACAACAAGAUCAAUCCCAACAAUUAAAAGAAUCUACUACUACCCAAUCUAUUCCAAUUUCUUUAAAAGAUGACACACAACCAUCAAAACCAUCAAAACCAGAAGAAUCAUUUUUGUCCUCAGAAUUUGAAGAACAAGUAGAGGAAAGUGAUAUACCAAGAAAAUUCCGUAAACAACAACCACAAUCUAAAAUCAUAAACCAACAUUCUCAACUACAUCUGGUUUCAACACCAUCAAUCAAUAUACAACUUGGUAAUAACGAAAAUCUCAACAAUAAUCACAAUCAAUCAGAUUAUGAAGAAAUUAAAAUAAGACCGGUAUCUGCAGAUGCUACAACCUCUUCAAGAGACAAAUUUGAACCUUUUCCAAAACCAACGGUACCAUCAGAAAUAAAAUCGGCAUUACCAGAUCUGAUUAUAAAUAAUGGAGCAACCUCAAAAAAUCAUCAAUUAACAGAUCAGAAAAAACCAGAUAUACCAAAAGAAUCAGACUCAAAUUUAAAUGAACAAACAGACACCACCACUACAACGACAACAACAUCAGACAAUAUUGAAGAACCAGAAUCAUCAAAUGUAUCAAUUUCAUCAAGAGGUAGGGGAAGAGGUAGAGGUAGAGGUACAAGAGGUAAUAGAGGAUAUAUAAGAGGAUACAGGGGUUCAAGAGGUAGAGGUGGUCGAGGUAAUUCUGAAUCUGGUGGGUUUGAUUCUCGUCAUUAUCAAUAUAUUCGUCCCAAAACAACAACAACAUCAGAAUCAACAACAACUUCUACCGAAUAA